CCGGUCCCUGACAGCAGCUCUCAGAUCAGUUCAGAUCAGUCAUUCAGAACCUGUCUGUCCCUGACAGCAGCUCUCAGAUCAGAUCAGGUGGACCCCUUGUCUGUGCCUGACAGCAGGUCUCAGAUCAGUCAUGCUCCGUCCUGCCAGCAGACUCCAGCUGCUCGCGCUCCUUGCGCUCCUGCUGCUGCUGAGCACGCGCGGGUCAGCUGUUCACAACGCCGCCACAGAGUCCGGACACACUGAGCCGGCCCAGGACACUCAGGACGAGCCGGCGGAGGAGGACUCGAACCGGGCGAGGCACGGCGGGAGGCGGCUGGGGGACGCUGUGCGGAACGGCACAGAGCAGAGCCAGGUGGGCUGCAGGGAGCUGAGGUCCACCAAGUACAUAUCCGACGGCCAGUGCACCAGCGUCAACCCUAUCAAGGAGCUGGUGUGUGCUGGGGAGUGUCUGCCGUCCCACCUGCUGCCCAACUGGAUUGGGGCUUACACUGGGAGGCACUGGAGCCGCCGCGACUCCCAGGAGUGGCGCUGCGUCAUUGACCGGACCAGGAGCCAACGGAUCCGGCUGCAGUGCCAGGAUGGCAGCUCCAGGACCUACAAGAUCACGGUGGUGACCUCCUGCAAGUGCAAGCGCUACUCCAGACAGCAGAAUGACUCAGGACACAAGGACACAUCUGUCCACAGUGGGAAAGAGAAAAAACAUCAGAGGAAGGCCGCACUGCCUGAGGAGACGGCCGCAAGGCAGUCUGACAACUAACAAAUAUUUAAGAGCCAGGCCAGAUAGAGGUCAAAGUCAGUAGUGUGUGGUUUGUCUCUAAACGUAGAUUAUUGCGACAUAGAAAUCAGUUUUAGUUCAGAUUAGUCUGUGGCCCAAAACACAGUUUAAUGGGAAGAAAUACAGAUAUUUGCUUUUUUUCAGAAUCAUGUGUGUGUGUAAGGUACCAACCUGGAGUCAGGAUAUGGUUAGCCUAGCUUAGCAUAUAAUCUGCAGGGGGAAACAGCUUGCCCAGCUCUGUCCAAACUUUAAAAAUACACAUACCAACACCUCGAAAGCUCACUGACUAACAUGUUAUAUCUUGUUUGUUUAUUCUGAAUACAAUCACAAAUGUAAAAAUGACAAUCUGGUUAUAGAGGGAGUUAUGCGCUCAUGGUUCAUUUGGUGCUCAACCUCGCUUAAACGACUCGCUCUUGCAUUUGUUCUGAAUCUGCCCCUAUGAGACACUAAUACUGUGGGCAUCCAACAUGGCCACCGUGGGGGGCGGGGGGCGAGGCAUGAUGAUGCCCAAACACAGCAGGCAGUGUUAGCGAGUCUUCUGCUGGCACUAAAUGUGAUGUAGUCCUGUGCAACAGGGCAGAUAGUUCAUGUAAAAAUAAUCAAAAACAAGAAUCAAUUACAUAGUUAAAGGCUCAACAGAUGUUGGAUUGAAGACUUGUAAAACAUAAUGUUGCCAUAUUAAUAAAAGUUCCAAAUGUGAAGUUAGACUUAUACAAUAGCAGCCUGUAGUGUGAAUGUAAUGUACAAUAUGUGCAGGGUACAGUUUUAUGGGUCUUUCAGAGUGAAUAGUAUGUAAUUUAUUUUUGUACCAGAACGAAGUUCUUUUUUUAAUAUUUUUGUUGUUGAAAUAAAUAAUAAUAAAUGAAAAAGGAAAUUGUUUACAACGUUGUGUUUGUGACAUAAUGCUGCAGGCGGACAGGAACUCCCUGACAACAGAGGCAUUAGUCAGAGAUGAAACAGAGGCCAGACUUUGUUUAAUUGUGAAGGGGAUCCCUUCCCCUCGGGGCGCCUGGGGCUUGUUCCAGCUGCCGCGGCAUGUUAACACGCGUUAUUGUUCCAUGUCUCCGUUGAUGUUUUUUUCUCUCUGAAAGCUGUGGGCUGAGGGACGCAGUGAAUAGAAUCACCUGCUCUGGAUGACAACAGGAUGUUUAACUUGUCUUACCUGCAGAGGGAAAAUAAUUGGUGUGCCUUUUGUGGAUAGUAUCCUGUGGGUAGAGACCGAGGUAAAGUGUAGGAAUGUUAAUUAGCAGCUGGGGAAACAUUACA